ACGUUGCACCUCGCUCCUCAGCGCGUUCUAUUCGCAGCCAAGGCGCAAUGGUGCUCGGAGCGUUCGGAGACGUCGGUGUUUCGGGAAUCUCGAAGGAGCGGAUGUAAUGCCCAGGAACAUGAGCAAAGAGGAUGCCCCGAGCCGGAGCGCUUCUUUGACUUUCACUAUUGACAACAUCCUGAACCUGAAGCAGCGGGACAGGGGGAACUGUGCCGGGACCAAGGAGCUGGGGGACAGUGGAUGUAAGGAGGAUUUGCGAGCGCGGUGUGAGGAGGGGUGGGACGUCCGGAGGAGGCACGGCAGCGGGUCAGACGAGACAGCUCAAGUGAAGCCCAGGGUGCAACGUGCGGACCGCGGGGAGGACAGCCCGCCGCGGACCGCUGGCUCCUGUCCCGGGGUGCACAGUGUGCACAGCGCCGAGGAUGCGACCGAGGAGCUGCAGGGCCCCGAGGACUCUAAAGGCAUGGUGAAGAAGAAAACUCGCACCAUCUUCUCCAAGAGACAGAUCUUCCAGCUGGAGGCCACUUUCGACAUGAAGCGGUAUCUGAGCAGCUCGGAGAGAGCGUGCCUCGCCAGCUCGCUGCAGCUCACAGAGACUCAGGUGAAGAUCUGGUUCCAGAACCGCCGCAACAAGCUGAAGAGACAGAUCUCCUGCACGGACAUGGAGGGGUCUCAGCUCUCAGAGGCAGGGAAAAAUGUGCAAUUACCCACUUUUUACAAAGACAGCAGCAGCCUGCUGGGAGGAUGCUUGUUACCCAUGCCUUUCCCCGUCCUGUACCCCACAACAGCCGCCGCGCCUUACAUCUACUUCUCCAACACUGGCAAAUAUUAUGGCCUGUUCGAUGCAGACUGAUGCCGUUUUCUAUGUUUGGGAUCACAUGACAGUGUGUGGACAUUUGGGCGUACAGUGUCUCCUGUUUUGUCUUUCGGACUGACCCUUUUUUUAAAACUUCAUAACAAUCUCCCAAUUAUACAAGACAUGCAUGUGCCACUUUUUGUCCUCCUCCAAAUUCAUUAUUAUUAUUAUUAUUAUCAUUAUUAUUAUUAUUAUUAUUAUUAUUAUUAUUAUUAGUAAUUAAUAACAUUAUUAUAUUUCAAUGCUUAGGGCGUUUACCGUCAGAAUGAUGUGCAUGCAUUUUUAUGGCCAGUUUUUUUCGAACAGUAAUGUCAUCUGAAUGAAUGUACGUUAAUGUUUCAUCCACUUCAUAAAUCUCCAAUAAUAUAUUUUGUAGUUGUUUUAUCUUAUGGCUUAAAGAGAAUAGUUUCGGUGGAACAACACUUCAUUUGUAUCUAUAUGGCCUUAUUUUUUAUUACUAUUAAUUAAUAAAACUCUCAUCGUUUGUUAUCACGUGACUUCUUGGAAGACAGACUGUUAAACUGAAUACAGUUACUAUAUCAUGCUGAAUUUUACAAUAA